AUGGCAUGCCAACAACAUCAUAUAAUAGAACAACAAAGGUACGAGGCAGAGAUAUUCAAAGGAGAAGCAAUAUGCAAGCAAAAAACAACGCUUCUCCUGGAUGAAAUUUCCCUUCCAAGAGGCUUGCUUCCAUUAGACAACAUUAUAGAAAUGGGUUACAAUCGUGUCACAGGUUUCGUGUGGCUUAAGCAAAGAGAAAAGAAGGUGCACCGGUACAAUGCCAUCGGUCGCACCGUUUCGUUUGAAACAGAAGUCACUGCCUUCGUGGAGGAACACCAGAUGUUAAGACUUACAGGUGUUAAGACCAAAGAAUUGUUCAUAUGGCUUCCUGUGACAGAUAUCUUCAUUGAUGAUCCUUCUUCUGAUAAGAUCUCCUUUGCCAAUUCCUCCGGGAUUGCUAGGUCAUUUCCUCUAUCGGCAUUCUCUCUCCAACAAGAACAUACACCGCAACAAAAUUAA